UGAUGCUUUGGCAUCAGAAUUGCCUCCCCUGUUUGGGAAAUAUACAAUUGUGUGUGUGUGAAUUGAAGUCCAAAAAGCCUGAUGUUUUUCUUUUGCCGUGACAACAAGCAAAUAACCUAAUUUGGACCAAUUAAGUGCCCUUGCCUUUAACUGUGAAUCAGUAGAAGUGUUACAAAGAAGGAAUAAGAGAUUAGAAUCAGGGGCAGGCUUUAUGCUGUAGCAGAUUAAGCCUCCAUUUGGGAUGCUCACAUCUCUUCAUUGUAAUACCUGGAAUCUACUCCUCCUUCCUUUCCAAUCCAACUUCUUGCUAAUGUCCCUGGGAAGCAGCAGGUGCUCAAGUACUUGAGGUCCUGUUACCCAAGGGGGUAACCCAGAUAGAAUUCCUGGCCCCUGGCUUUGGCUUGGCCCAGCCUUAGCUACUGCGGACAUCUGGUGAUUAUAAGAGGAAAUGGGAGGUAAUCUUUGUCUCUACUCCAACCCCCUCUCCCUCUUUGUUGGUCUACCUUUCAAACAAAAAUAAAUAAAUAAAUGUUUUAAAAGAGAUGAGAUUUAACACCAAUGUCUUUCCAUUGCUCUGUUGUGUCAGGAUCCAAGUGUCCACGAGCUGGAGCCCUUAACCAGGCAAUGUCUUUGGCCAUGGUACCAGCCACCUUUGUUGCCUAUGUUCCCAAGUUAACUGGAAAUAAUCCAGGAUGUUAUUAUCCUACUUAAAGUCACCAAAAACAGUUUCAGAUUUUUGCCUGAUGGGGUCAGUCACUCUUGAAAUUUAUUGGGAACUUCACAGCCUGAAGAUGCUGCCAAGGCCAGCUUAUGGGCUCUGUGAUUUUCUAGGUAAUAUAACAGGCUUGACUAAGCUGCCAAAGAGCAGAGACUCCAUCUGAUUUGAUCCCUAUGUAUAAGCUCCUAGCUCCUAGCUUAGUGCCUCCAACAAGCAGAUGUUAAAUAAAUAUUUGACUUUUUACUUGAAUGAUUAAAAUAGUAACACUGUUACAGGUCUUUUUUUGAUCUUGACAUCGUCUAGUAUGAAUUUUUCUUAGCAAGGAAGAAAACUAAAAACUGAUGACACUAAGGUUUUAAAAUCAGGCAAGAAGGAGGGUUUUCUUUUUUUUAUUUCUCAUUAACAGAAAUGAGGAAAUCUGGAGGAAAGAGAUUAGGUUUCUGUUGUAAUAAAUUUUCUUGCCUACAAGUUAAGCAGGUUGUGUCAUUCACUAGAUAACUCUUAUUAGUUUGAAAAGAACGGUCCCACCCACUGGACUUUGAUCCAGCAAAAACAAUUGUUACCUAACUCAACCUCUCGUAGUCAUUAGAACACCUGUAUGAAAAAUCUUUUUUAAAGGUGGUUUUAUAUAUAUGAUUUAUUUAAGUUUUCAAGAAUGAUUAGAAAACUUUUUAUGAUUCUACUUUUGUUGUUUGUGAUCCUCGGAGAGGCAAGGAAAUCAUUUCUCAGUUUUCUGAAUAUAGAAAAGGCUGAAACACUGCUUUUCACAAAGACUGAAGAAACCGUUCUUGUCAAGUCAGCUUACACAGAUAAACGGCCUGACUCCAGCUACCUUGUUGUGCAAUUAGAAGAUCCUAAAAUGCUGCAAGUGGUGAAUGUGACCAAGACUUCAUCAGAUGCCGCAGACUUUUCCAUAAACCUGGUGACAGGUGAAGAAGGAGAGACAAAUCUAACCAUUCAACUUUGGGAUUCUGAAGGUAGGCAAGAAAGACUCAUUAAAGAGAUAAAGAAUGUCAAAAUCAAAGUACUCAAACAAAGAGAAGGCAGUCUUUUGCAAGCGUCAAUGUUUAUUGACAGAAAUAUCUUAAUGCUUAUUUUACCAAUGAUACUGUUAAAUAAGUGUGCUUUUGGCUGCAAGAUUGAACUCCAGGUGUUUCAAACAGUAUGGAAGAGACCUUUGCCAAUAAUUCUUGGAAUAGUAACACAGUUUUUUCUUAUGCCAUUCUGUGGAUUUCUUUUGUCUCAGAUUUUGGCAUUGCCCUUGGCACAAGCUUUUGGAUUCAUAAUGACCUGCACAUGCCCAGGAGGAGGUGGGGGCUAUCUCUUUGCUCUGCUUCUGGAAGGAGAUGUCACGUUGGCUAUUUUGAUGACAUGCGUAUCAACUUUAUUAGCCCUGAUAAUGAUGCCUAUCAAUUCUUAUGUUUAUAGCAGGCUAUUAGGACUAUCAGGAAUAUUUCAUGUUCCUGUUUCUAAAAUUGUGUCAACACUCCUUUUCAUACUAAUACCAAUAUCAGUUGGAAUAGUCAUCAAGCAUAGAAUACCUGAUAAAGCAAACUUUUUAGAGAGAAUAAUUAGACCUCUGAGUUUUGGUUUAAUGUUUGCAGGGAUUUAUUUGACUUUCAGAAUGGGAUUUAUGUUUUUAAAAACAGUUAAUCUAGAAGUGCUUCUGUUGGGUCUCUUAGUUCCUGCCUUGGGUUUAUUGUUUGGGUAUUCUUUUGCUAAAGUCUGUAUGCUACCUCUUCCUGUUUGCAAAACUGUUGCUAUUGAGAGUGGGAUGCUAAAUAGUUUCUUAGCCCUUGUCAUUAUUCAGCUUUCUUUUUCACAGUCCAGGGCAGACUUAGCUUCUGUGGCUCCUUUCACAGUAGCCUUGUGUUCUGCUUGUGAAAUGCUGCUGAUCCUUCUGAUCUACAAGGCUAAGAAAAGAUGGGUCCUUAUAGCAGAAGUUAAAAGAAAAAGAAUUCCUCUAGUCUAACAAAGCACUACUACAUUCCUGCUGUGGGAAAUUCAAAGACUAGCUAAAAUGACGCUGCUCUUAAACCCACAUAUGAUCUGGUUAAAAAUUUGAUAUAGGGGGAGGGGAUAAAUACAUGAAACCAUAUGUGCUAAGCACCCAAUGAGUGGCACAGACAGUAAAACAUUCAGGAAUUCAGAGGAAGGUACAGUUUUACAACGAAAUUUGUAGGAGAAUGUUUUAUAAAGUAGGAUGCGAAAUCAUACCUUACUAUAUUCCCUUAAAUGAGAAAAAUUAGAUAACUCCUCCUAUAAUGAUGACAAUACAUCCCAAAUAUUUGAGAAAGGGAUGACCAUAUAGCAGACAUUCAGAAACUCACUCAGCGAAUAAAUAUGUGAAUUGGAGCUCUCCUUGGUUCAUCAGGGUCAGCAUGCCUUUAACUAAAUGUAGCAACUCUGCUCUCAUAGCUGUGCUUCUUCCUGUCUUCCACAUCUUGUACCAAAGGUAUUAUUACAAUUUAUCCUAAAACACAGGGUCAUCUCUUCUCCCUCUUCUUUAUUCUUCCCUCUUUUUAUCUUUAUACUCAAUCUAUUUCCUACAGAAAAUUUUCUGUAAUAUCUUUUCAUCAGUCUCCUCCUUUCCCAGUGUUGUCACUUUCGUUCUGCCUUCUAUUACUUCUUUCCUAAACCUUUCUAAGCUGGCUUUUGGCUUCUCUGUCCACCCUCCUAUCACUGUCAGAUUUAUCUUCCUGGAAAUCUAACUUUGAUCAUGUAAUUUCCUUGUUAUGAAGGCUUUUUCCCUUUUAAAUAGUCUUUAUUCCUCAGUAAGGUAUGUGUUAAUUCUACUGUCUGACUUUAAUCUAGUUUUAUCUUUUCUCCUGCUUCUUUAUAUUCAGCAUUUGCUCCAGUCCUACUAAUUGACACGGUAUCUCAAGAAAAUGCCUUUGUUCAUGUGAGCCAACCUGGCUUGUUUUGUAGCUAUUUGUGUUCCUGUUUUGUUCUUCCUCUUUUGCUACACACUCAUGAGCAUAAGAAUUACGUUUCUUUAUUUUUACUUCCCAUAGGGUGUGGCACAAUUCUUGAAUGUGAGAAUUACAUUAUUCAUUUUAUACUCCCCAUAAUGUCUAGCGCAGUAUUCUCUAUGUGUUGAUUCAAAUAAAGUAUUGAAGUAUGGACUAGGGCCCAAAUGAAUAAUCUGACUUUUUUUUUUACUAUUUUUUUUUGACAGGCAGAGUGGACAGUGAGAGAGAGAGAGAGAGAGACAGAGAGAAAGGUCUUCCUUUGCCGUUGGUUCACCCUCCAAUGGCCUCCAUGGCCGGCACACUGCGGCCGGCGCACUGCGCUGAUCCGAUGGCAGGAGCCAGGUGCUUCUCCUGGUCUCCCAUGGGGUACAGGGCCCAAGCACUUGGGUCAUCCUCCACUGCACUCCUGGACCAUAGCAGAGAGCUGGCCUGGAAGAGGGGCAACCGGGACAGAAUCCGGCGCCCCAACCGGGACUAGAACCUGGUGUGCCGGCACCGCAAGGCGGAGGAUUAGCCUAGUGAGCCGUGGUGCCAGCCGAACAAUCUGACUUUUUUAAAUACCACUUUGGAAUUUUCAAUGAAAAUUUCAUUAUCUAGACCCAGUUUGUACCCUCUCCAAGAGAAAAAAAUAGGUAUCAAGAAUAGAAAAUAUUAUUAUUAUUAUUUUUUUUUUUUGACAGGCAGAGUGGACAGUGAGAGAGAGACAGAGAGAAAGGUCUUCCUUUGCCGUUGGUUCACCCUCCAAUGGCCGCCGCUGCAGCCGGCGCACCGCGCUGAUCCGAUGGCAGGAGCCAGGAUCCAGGUGCUUUUCCUGGUCUCCCAUGGGGUGCAGGGCCCAAGCACCUGGGCCAUCCUCCACUGCACUCCCUGGCCAUAGCAGAGAGCUGGCCUGGAAGAGGGGCAACCGGGACAGAAUCCGGCGCCCCAACCGGGACUAGAACCCGGUGUGCCGGCGCCGCAAGGUGGAGGAUUAGCCUAUUGAGCCACGGCGCCGGCUCGAAAAUAUUAUUCUAAAUAAUCCUUCUUUCCCUGUUUCAUAGCUUUGGUUGUAUGCAAAUCAUUUAAUUUUCCUAUAGUUAGUCCAGUUACCUCAACUAAAAAUGGGGAUAAUAAUGUCAGCUCUAUAGAUUAUCCUGGGAAUUAAAUGAGCUCAAGCACAUAAUGGGCUUAGAAGAGUUCCUGGCACAUAGUAAGUGUUCAGUGUUAGUUACUAUCAUUAUUUUCUCAGCGCUUUUGGCCCUGAAGUAGUCCUUCUGAUUUGGGAUAGCAGUCUGAUAACUGUGUAUGAACCUAAACUUUUAACAUUUUUUUUCUUAGUUUUAUUCACCAUUUUGCUCAUAGUAUUUAGAAAUUUUUGUUUACUUUGCCAACAAAUAAGACAACCAAUGUUUCUUAUUCGGAUAUCACCAAAACCAGUAUGUGAAUACCAAGAUUUAUAAAAGACCUAAAGGUAUGUAAUUUUAUAAUAUCUGAUAAAAUAUUUGCCCACAUGGAAUAUAUUACUCAUUUAUAUAGAUCUAUGCUUAGGGCUGUAAAAAUAUAAUUACAUCUAUACAAAUUUAAUUUAAAUACAUUUAUUUUUUAUUUUUUUAAAGAUAGAUUCAUUUAUUUAUUUGAAAGAGUUACACAGAGAGAGAAGGAGAGUCAGAGAGAGGGAGAGGGAGAGGGAGAGGGGUCUUCCAUCUGCUGAUUCACUCCCCAGAUGGCCGCAACAGCCAGAGCUGCGCCAAUCUGAAGCCAGGAGCCAGGAACUUCUUUGGUGUCUCCCAUGUGGGUACAGGGGCCCAAGGACUUGGGCCAUCCUCCACUACUUCCCCAGGCCAUAGCAGAGUUGGAUCAGAAGUGGAGGAGCUGGGACUUGAACCGGUGCCCAUAGGAGAUGCCAGGACUGCAGGUGGCGGCUUUACCUGCUAUGCCACAGCACUGGCCCCUACAUACAUACAUUUUCAUGAGCAUAAUUGGGAGACAGGAGAUCUACCUUUCUAGCUGUACUUUCAUCAGUAACAUUGUGACCUUGAACAAUUACUUCUCUACAUUGCAGUUUUCAAAUCUGUAAAAUAGAAGGGUUCAGGACUGGUGCUGUGGUGCAGUGGCUUAAAGCCCCGGCCUGCAUCCCAAGCAUCCCAUAUGGAUGCCUGUUCAAGUCCUGGAUGCCCCACUUCCAAUCCAGCUCCCAUCUAAUGCACCUGGGAACACAGCUGAGGAUGACUCAAGUCCCUAUGCCCUUGCACCCAUAUGAGAGACCUGGAAGAAGCUCCUGGCUCCUGGCUUCAGACUGGCUCAGCUCCAGCUGUUGCAACCAUUUGGGGAGUGAACCAGCAGAUGGAAGACUUCUCUGUCUCUACCUUUCUCUGUAACUCUUUUUCAAACAAAUAAAAUAAAUCUUUAAAAAAAAAAAAAGUUCAACUGGGUUUAAGAUCCUGCUCAAUUCUGUAACAAUCCAUGAUUCAGAGAUAGCACUCUUGUAAUUAACACCAAGGGCAGAGUAGUCAGUAGAACAAAAUGAGGAUUCACAGUGUGAGAAUAACUAUACAUUGCUGUUGCUUUCUUUUUCUGUUUCUUUUUUCUUUUUAAAUAUUUUAUGUAUUUAUUUGAGAGACAGAGUUACAGACGAAGGGAAAGACAGAGAGAAAGGUCUUCUGUCUCUGGUUCACUCCCAAGAUGGCCACAAUGUCUGGAGCUGGGCUAAUCUGAAGACAGAAGCAAGGAGCUUCUUCCGGUCUCCCACAUGGCUACAGGGCCCAGAGCAUAUGGGCCAUCUUCCAUUGCUUUCUCAGGCUAUAAGCAGAGAGCUGGAUCAGAAGAAGAGCAGCUGGGACAUGAACUGGUACCCAUAUGGGAUGCUGUCAUAGCAGGCGGAGGCUUAACCAACUACACCACAGCAUUGGCUCCUGCUGUUGCUUUCUAACUAGGACAGCCACCCAAAAUACAAGCUUCCUGAGGGCAGGGACUCUAUACUAUUUUUUUUAAAUUUAUUUUUUAAUGAAUACAGAUUUCAUAAGUACAACUUUAGGAAUAUAGUUAUUCUUCCCACCAUAUCAGCCCUCCCAACCACAUUCCCACCCUUCCUUCUCCUCUCUCUCCCCUUGCCAGUCCCAGUCUCCAUUAAUAUUCAUUUUAAAUUAAUUUUGUACACAGAAGACCAACUCUAUACUAAGUAAAGAUUUCAACAAUUUGCACACACACACACACACACACACAUACAACUGUUUGAGAACUGGUUUUACAGUUAACUCAAUACAACUCAUUGAGGACAGAGGUCCUGCAUGGGGAGUUAGUGCACAGUGACUCCUGUUGUUAAUUUAACAAUUAACCCUGUUAUGUAUGAUGUCAGUGACCACACAAGGCUCUUGAAAUGAGCUGCCUAGGCUAUGGAAGCCUUUCGAGUCCACAAACUCUGUCAGUAUUUGGACAAAGCCAUAAGCAAUGUGGAAGUUUUCUGCUCUCUUUAGAGUAAAGUACAUCCUUCUUUAAUGGCCACUUCUUUCUGCUGGGGUCUCACUCACAGAGAUCCUUCAUGUAGAACAUUUUUUGCCAGAUUUUGUUUAUGUGUUCUAUUAGUUCUCAAAGAUCAGGGAGAACAUAUGGUAUUUGUCCCUUUGGGACUAGCUUAUUUCACUAAGUAUGAUGUUUUCCAGAUCCAUUUUUUUGCAAAUGACCAGAUUUCAUUUUUUUUAAAGAUUUAUUUAUUUUUUUAUUUGAAAGUCAGAGUUACACAGAGAGAGGAGAGGCAGAGAGAGAGAGAGAGAAAGAGAGAGAGGCCUUCCAUCCAAUGGUUCAUUCCCCAGUUGGCUGCAAUGGCCGGAGCUGUGCCGAUCUGAAGCCAGCAGCCAGGAGCUUCUUCAAGGUCUCCCACAUGGGUGCAGGGGCCCAAGGACUUGGCCAUCUUCUACUGCUUUCCCAGGCCAUAGCAGAGAGCUGGACAGGAAGUGGAGCAGCUGGGUCUUGAACGGGCACCCAUUUGGGAUGCCAGCGCUUCAGGCCAGGGCGUUAACCCACUGUGCCACAGCGCUGGCCCCAGAUUUUAUUUUAUUUUAUUUUUUUUACAAUUGUGUAGUAUUCCAUAGUAUAUGUGUCCCAUAAUUUCUUUAUUCAGUCUUCAGUUGAUGGGCACUUAGGUUGAUUCCAUGUCUUAGUUAUUGUGAAUUGAGCUGCAGUAAACCAGGAGGUGCGGAUAGCUCUUUUAUUUACUGCUUUCAUUUCCCUUGGAUAAUUCUGAGGAGUGGGGUGGCUGGGUCAGAUGGUAGGUCUAUAUUCAGAUUUCUGAGGUAUCUCCAUGCUGACUUCCAUACUGGCUUUACCAGUUUACAUUACCACCAACAGUGGAUUAGAGUACCUUUUUCCCAUAUCCUCACCAACAUUUGUUGUUUGUUGAUUUCCGUAUGAAAGCCAUUCUACCUGGAGUGAGGUAAAACCUCAUUGUGGUUUUGAUUUGCAUUUCCCUGACAGCUAGUGAUCCUGAAAAUUUUUUCUUGUGUCUGAUGGCCAUUUGGAUUUCUUCUUUUGUAAUAUGUCUAUUUAAGUCCUUGGCCCAUCUCUUAAGUGGGUUGUUUGUUUUGUUAUUGUGGAGUUUCUUAAUCUCUUUGUAGAUUCUGGUUAUUAAUCCUUUAUCUGUUAAAUAGUUUGCAAAUAAUUUCUCCCAUUCUGUUGGUUGCCUCUUCACUUUCCUGUUUGUUUUGUCAUACAGAAACUUCUCAAUUUGAAGUAAUCCCAUUUGUUAAUUUUGACUUUGACUGCCUGUGCCUCUAGGGUCUUUUCCAAGAACUCUUUGCCUGUGCCAAUGUCUUACAGGGUUUCCCCAAUGUUCUCUAAUAAUUUGAUAGUUUUUGGUCAUAGAUUUAGAUCUUUAAUCUAUGUUGAGUCGAUUUUUGUGUAAGGUAGGGGUCUUGAUUCAUAAUUCUGCAUGUGGAAAUCCAGUUUUCCCAGAACCACUUGUUGAAGAGAUUGUCCUUGCUCCAGGGAUUGGUUUUAGCUCCUUGGUCAAAAAUAAGUUGGUUGUAGGUGUUUGUAUUGAUUUCUGGUGUUACUACUCUUUUCCAUUGGUCUAUCCAUCUAUUUUUGUACCAUUACCAGGCUGUUUUGAUUAUGACUACCUUGUAGUGUGUCUUAAAAUAUGGUAUUAUGAUGCCUCUGGCUUUGUUUUUGUUGUAUAAGAUUUCUUUAGCUAUUUAAGGUCUUCUCUUUUGCCUCCAUACAAAUUUCAGCAUAAUUUUUUUCUAGAUCUGAGAAGCAUGUCUUUGGUGUUUUGAUUGGUAUCAUAUUGAAUCUGUAAAUUGCUUUCAGAAGAAUAGACAUUUUGAUGAUAUUGAUUUUUUCAAUCUAUGAACAUGGAAGAUUUUUUCAUUUUUUUGUAUCUUCUUCCAUUUCUUUCUUUGAUUUUUUUUAAUUCUCAUUGUAGAGAUCUUUGACAUCCUUGGUUAAAUUUAUUCCAAGUUAUUUGAUUUUUUUGUAGCUAUUGUGAAUGGGAUUGGUCUUAGAAGUUCUUUCUCAGCCAUGGCAUUGUUUUUGUAUACAAUGGCUGUUGAUUUUUGUGUAUUGACUUUAUUUUUUUUAAAAGAUUUAUUUAUUUAUAUGCAAGUCAGAGUUACACAGAGAGAGGAGAGGGAGAGAGAGAGAGAGAGAGAGAGGUCUUCCAUUCGAUGGUCCACUCCCCAAUUGGCCACAACAGCCAGAGCUGUGCCGAUCUGAAGCCAGGAGCCAGGAGCUUCUUCUGUGUCUCCCACGUGGGUGCAGGGGCCCAAGGACCUGGGAUAUCUUCUACUGCUUUCCCAGGCCACAGCAGACAGCUGGAUUGGAAAUGGAGCAGCCGGGUCUCGAACCAGUGCCCAUAUGGGAUGCUGGCACUUCAGGCCAGGGCAUGAACCCGCUGAGCCACAGCGCCGGCCGCUGUGUCUUGACUUUAUAUCCUGCUACAUUACCAAACUCUUCUAUGGGUUCCAAUAGUCUCUUAGUGGAGUCUUUUGGAUUCCCUUUAUAUAGAAUCAGGUCAUCUGCAAAUAGGGAUAGUUUGUCUUCCUCCUUCCCAAUUGUAUCCCUUUGAUUUCUUUUUCUUGCCUAAUGUCUCUGGCUAAAACUUCCAGGGCUAUGUUGAGUAGGAAUGGUGAGAGUGGGCAUCCCUGUCUGGUAUCAGAUCUCAGUGAAAACGCUUCCAACUUUUCUCCAUUCAAAAAGAUGCUGGCUGUGGGUUUGUCGUAAAUCACCUUGAUUGUGUUGAGGAAUGUUCCUUCUGUACCCAAUAUGCUUAGUUUUCAUCAUGAAAGCAUGUUGUGUUUUAUCAAAUGCUUUCUCAGCAUAUAUUGAAAUAAUCAUAUGUUUUUUUUUCCUGCAGUUUGUUAACGUGGUGUUACAUUGAUUGAUUUGCAAACAUUGAACCAUCUCUGCACACCAUUGAUAAAUCCCACUUGGUCUGCGUGGAUGAUCUUUCUGAUGUGUUGUUGGAUUCUAUUGACUAGAAUUCUGUUGAGGAUUUUUGCAUCUAUGUUCAUCGGGAAAUUGGUCUGUAAUUCUCUUUCUCUGUUGCAUCUUUUUCAGGUUUAGGAAUUAAGGUGAUUCUGGCAUCAUAGAAAGAAUUUGGGAGGAUUCCCUCCUUUUCAAUUAUUUUGAAUAACUUGAGAAAAAUUGCAGUUAGUUGUUCUUUAAAUUCUGGUAGAAUUCAGCAAUGAAUCCAUCUGCUCCUUGGCUUUUCUUUGUUGGGAGGGCCUUUAUUAGUGAUUCAAUUUCUGUCUUGGUUAUGGGUCUGUUUAGGUUUUCUAUGUCUUCAUGGCUCAAUUUAGGUAGGUUUUAUGUGUCCACGAAUUUAUUCAUUUUUAAAAUUCCCAGAGUGGUGCUGUGGUAUAGUGGGUAAAGCCACCACCUGCGGUGUUGGCAUCCCAUAUGGCACUGGUUGGAGACUUGGCUGCUCCACUUCUGAUCCAGUUCUCUGCUGGAAAAGCAGUGGAAGAUGACCCAAGUCCUUUGGACCCUGCUCCCGUGUGGGAGAUCCAGAAGAAGCUCCUGGCUCCUGGCUUCAGAUUGGUGCAGCUCUGACUAUUGCAGGCAUCUACAGAGUAAACCAGCAGAUGGAAGACCUCACGCUCUCUCUCUUUCUCUCUCUCUCUUUCUCUGGCUCUUUAUAACUCUGUUUCAAAUAAGUAAAUAAAUUUUUUAAAAAAUUCCUGGGGCUGGUGCUGUGGCACUGUGAGUUAAUCCUUUGCCUGUGUUGCUGGCAUCCUAUGUGGGUGCUGGUUAUAGUCGCAGCUGCUCUUUUUCUUUCUUUCUUUCUUUCUUUCUUUAUUUAUUUAUUUAUUUGAAAGAGUUGCACAGAGAGAGAAGGAAAGGCAGAGAGGGAGAGAGAGAGAUCUUCCAUCUAUUGGUUCACUCCCCAAUUGGCCAUAACAGGUGGAGCAGUGUCGAUCUGAAGCAGCCAGGAGCCAGGAGCUUCCUCUGGGUCUCCCAUGUGGGUGCAGGGGCCCAAGGACUUGGGCCAUCUUUUUUUUUUUUAACUUUUAUUUAGUAAAUAUAAAUUUUUAAAGUACAACUUUUGGAUUAUAGCAGCUUUUCCCCCCAUAACCUCCCUCCCAUCCGCAACCAUCCCAUCUCCCACUUCCUCUCUCAUCCCAUUCUUCAUCAAGAUUCAUUUUCAACUACUGUUUUCCCAGGCCACAGCAGAGAGCUCGAUUGGAAGCGGAGCCGCUGGGGAAGCCAGCACUGCAGUCGGUGGCUUUACCCUUUACGCCACACCGCUGGCCCCUUGCUCCUCUCCUGAUCCAGCUCUCUGCUGUGGCCUGGUAGGGUGGUGGAGGAUGGCCCGAUUCCUCAGACCUUUGCACCCACAUGGGGCAUCUGGAGGAAGCUCCUGGCUCCUGGCUUCGGAUCAGCUUUGGCCAUUGUGGCCAUUUGGGGAGUAAACCAGUGGAUGGAAGACUUUUCUCUCUGGCCCUCCUUCUCACUAUCUGUAACUCUGUCUCUGAAAUAAAUAAAUAAAAUCUUUAAAAAAAAAAUCCCUAAAGUUUGCAC